AUGGUACGCGAUAAUUUCCUACUAUUAGACGGCUUACCGGCCGAAAUAAUCCUCCAUAUCGCAACGUUCCUUGAACCCCUAGAUAUCGUCAAACUACAGUCCGUAUGCCGCCGCUUUUACUCCCUCUACCGCGACGACAGUCUCUGGAAGACGAUAUGUUUCGAGCACUCCCGAGCCGGCCAGCGGCGCCGCGCGCAGCAGUUCAUGGCAUCCCUGGACCAGAAUCUAGCCGCCCUUGUGCAGGCGAUGGGCUCCUUGCCCGGAGGUCCACUAGCCGUACACGAUCCUUCUGCGCCGAGUGCAGAGAUGCAGGCGCAUAGACUGGCUGCGAGGGAGAAGAUGCGGGCAAUGGCCAACUGGGACCCGUCACACCCGAGCGAAAAGACAAACUUUUACGAGGACUUCGUACACCGUCAUGCGCCAAUCAGCCUGAGCUGGCUUCAACCCGCGAGGAACGGUCCUGGCGAGGACGAGGUGCCGCCUGAGGCUACCGGCAUAGGGAUACUAUACGACGAUGCCGGAGACAUGGUAGAUAAGGUUGUGGCGCCACUUGACGACGGGAGCAUUGGCAUAUGGGAUGUUUCUCCACGGGAUAAGGCUGGGUCAGUGGGAAAGAGAGGGGCGAUGAUUGAUCGCAGUGCAAAAGGCCUCCUCACGUCCAAAACCUCAGACCCAACCCAAGGCCUGUCCCUCGCAGAGAGUAGAGCAAUCAUGACAGAGACAGGCGCGGUAGAAUGUGUCAGCAUCGACGGUCGACAGAAGAAAGGAUUCUUUGCCGUCCGGAACAUACUGAACGAAGUCGACCUCUACACUCUACAGCUAGUAUCUCGACAAGAGUACCCAUUCCCGAUCACAGCCUUAUCCGAAGCAAAACACCCGACUCCCCUGACCAUCGGCACAAACAUGACCCUGCACCUCCACGAUCCCCGCAAGCGUCAAACACACGUCGGCUACGACCCCCCCGUACGCUGCGAGCUCCUCAACGCCCCCAGAAACGACUUCCACCGCCUCCUAACCGGCGACCUCGGCCCCUCGCACGCCGUUCUCUCCCAACCUGGUCCCCUCUCCAUCCUUCACAUGCCCUCCCGUGAAUGGGACGGCAACGGCUCGAUCUGGGUCGCGGGGCGCUUCACCAGCCUGCUGAACUACGACCGCCGCUUCUUCCCCCGGCUGCGCGGCACUAUCCACUCCGGCGCGCGUCUCUCGUGUCUAACCUCCCUCCCCUUCCCUUUCAUCCCGCGCGAAAAGGACCUGAUGCGCGACCUCAGCCUCUCGCUCGCAGACGUGCGCGCCGCGAAAGCCAUCCCGGGCACCACGCUCAUCGCGGCGGGGGAGUACAAGGGCAAGGGCUCGCUGGAGCUGUACGGCCUCUCGCCCUCCGCUGCACACACGACCUUAUCCACCGACUCGGUCACCGCACAAAGGAACGCGGGCAAUGCGUUCAGGAAUAGGCAGACGGCCAGCGCCUCGAAGCUGCUGGCCGCCGCUCCGCACGGCACGCGCAUCGUGUAUGCGGACGGGGACGGGAACCUGAAGUGGGUUGAGCGGGACGGCUUCACGCCUGUGCGGCGCUGGAGUGUCAAUCCCGACGCGCCGGCUGAGCCUAGGGAAGAUAUUGGGAGUUUGUUUUUCUCGCCCAGCCUGGGGAGGGGCGAGGGCGAUAUCGUGCAGAAGAUCGUACCGACCAGGGUUGUCAAUGCGCAAACGGAGAGCCGGAGACUGGGUGAGGAUAACUUGCUUAUCUGGACGGGGGAUGGAAGGGUGGGCGUUGUGGGGUUUGGGCAUGAGCCGUUGUGGCGGGGUGAGGAGUUUGAGGAGGCGGCGGAGAGGGAGAGGGAGGAGGUGAAGGGGAGGGAGGAGAGGGCGUAUGGGAGGAUGAUGAGGAGGGCGCUGGAGAGGCAGGCACAUGAGGCGAGGUGGAUUAGAGGCCUGGGAUUGGGGCGGUGA